AUGAACAGCUUGGACUAUGAGACGGAGUUGAAUGCGACCCAGGUGAUGGAGUAUGAGUCCAAUGGUGGCGGCGCUUUGGCAACUAUGAACAGGUGCUUUUUGUACAUCCUGGACUUUGUGGACAGCGACUAUGAGCAGUUGCUUCUCUAUUUGGAGAACUUUGACUUCGUGAUGGAGGUUGAGAUAGCGGUUCGAAACCUUUUCAGCUUCAUGAGGCACGUGAUGGAACUCAUGAGCGUGGAGAGAGCUUGGAUGUGUUGGCUCAUUACCAUGAUGAGUCUUUUGGUGGGAAGCCACUUGGGCCUGAGCAGAUGGUUCGAAGAUGGUAUGGUUGGAACAUCAAGGAGCUCUACAUCCAGUUUGACAAGAACAACAAGAAACCGAAUGCGUGUGAGAAGAGCGCAGUGGAAGAUGCAGCUUAAGGCGAUGUUGUUUGCAAGCUGGAUUCCUGGUUGUCAGGGUAUGGAAGGAGCAACAACAGGAGAGAGUGCUUUUCUUCAGCAAAUGUCCAACCUAGCAACAGCAGCGACUAGCGCAGCAAAUGCAGCAGAGAAGGCAAUUGGUCUUUUGAGUCAAAGUGCGGCUUCAAGUUCAUCUGGAGAUCAAGGUGGCUUGCAGGCUGCUUCAAGAAUCUUGAAAUGUCCUGAUGCCUACAAUGGAGAAGACCCGAUGGCAUUUUCAAGUUGGAAAUUUACUUUUUGCAGCUGGUUGAGUUUUGGUGAUCCUCGUUUUCAACGCUAUUUUGACAGGAUUGACAAGUUGGGAGCCUCAGAGGAUUUGCCAGAAUAUGCAGCAGUUGAUCAAGAACUCAGCGUGAAAUUGUUUGCAAUCCUGACCAGCUAUUUGAAGGGAAGAUGCACUAGCCUGGUCAAGUCUAUGGCGCGCAGCAAAGAUGGUUUCAGGUUAUGGCGAGCUCUACAACAAGAAUAUGAGCCCUCAAGCAGACAGAGGAGUCUUGCAAUUGCCCAAACACUUUCAAAUUUUCCUGCCUUUUCUGGAUCAAAGACUCUCCAUGAGCAUAUCCUUGCGUAUGAGCAGUUGGUGGCGCAAUUUGAAGAAGUCAGUUCGAGCAGUUACCCCUCUGAGCUCAAGAUCGCUACCCUGGUGAGGUGCAGCAACCAAAAGCUGCGUGAACAUCUUCAGCUCACAAUAGGGGAACAGACCACCUAUGCUCAGCUCAAGGAAACUAUGUUGGGAUACGACAAAGCUUGUCGAAGUUGGACCCCAGAUACUAUCCUCAAAUCCAUUCAGCAGCAGAAUACUCCUUCUGGUGAUCAAGGUGGAGUGCAACCGAUGGAAGUAGACAGGAUUGAGGACAAAGGCAAGGGCAAGAAGGGCAAAAGUAAAGGCAAGGGCAAAAGUUGGUGGAGCUAUGGUUCCUAUGCUGGAGGUGCUGGAGAAUAUGGACAAGCACAACAAACUGUCUAUGUGGCUGCUGGAGGACAAGGUGGACAAGUUGGUGGGCAACAGCAACAAGCCCGUGGUUCACCUGCAAGCAGCUAUCCUCCUUCUUCGACUACGGCUUCAACAGUGCGCAGAAUCUAUACCAUUCCUUUUGGCAUUCCUUCUUUGUCCAGUUCUUCCUCUUCCUCAGUUCGAAUGGUCAGCGCUGGCGAUGAUGGCAUGCAAGAUGUGGUGAUCCUGGAUAGCGGCUCAGAUGUUUCUUUGCUUCCGUUGGCAUUUGGUAAUGUUGGAGAAGAAAGUCUAGAUCAUGAUUCAGUUCAGCUACGUGAUUGUCAAGGUGAAAAGUUGGAAGUCACUGGCUACAGAACAGUGUCUUUGGUGGUGACUGAUUCUGAUGGAGGUGAAGCUGAACUUCAACACCCUUUUCUCAUUGCCAACGUGCAAAGUUGCAUUCUUUCUUUGGGUCAACUUUAUCAAGGAGGCUGGAGUGUGCAACAAAAUUCUGGAGGACCAUGUUUGGAAAGCCCAGAUCAAACGCUGCGAGUUCCAGUGUUUUACAAGCGCAACAGUUUGGCAAUCAAAGCCAGUGUCUGCAGAGUUGAGUGCGUGGAAGAUGGAGAUGCCAUGUCCCCUCAUGCCUAUGUGCGAGCUAUUGUUGAGUUGGAGGAGAAAUUUCGACCAGAGGAUGUGCGCAACAAUCACUGGCAAGUGGCAGAUGGAAAUCCUUUCAUGCGUUCAGUUGGCCGCAACUUCAUAGAUCCUCGACCAGUAUGGGCUGGCAAUUUUGGCUUCAGAACCACUUUGGUUCAAAGACGUUCCACAGCUGCAGAAGACCAUGGAUGGUUUGUUGUGGAGGUCAGUCAAAGAUAUCUGGAGCUAGAAGAUCCUUUUGGACCUAUUCCUGGUUUGGAAAGCUAUUCUCCCGAUGAGGAUGUGAUUGUGCUAACGAUCCUUGCUGAACGCGAUGAGUGCCUUGCUCAUUUUGGUGGCUUGUUGGAUGCAGGUGGAAUGGAGCCUGAAGAACCAUACGAACCUGAGUCGCCAUACAGAGGAGAGCCUGUAGAAGAAAUCAAAGGGCUAGAGAUGUCUCCAGUUUUGGAUGAAGGUCGCGAUGAUGUUCAUGGCAGAGAUAUCCCUGAGUUUCAGGAAUUGGCCCCAGCCUUGAGAGCAGACGCAGAGAGCGAUGUGAUCCUGGUCAAUGAUGUCGAGAUCACUCCCAAUAGCUCAGUCGAGAGUCGAGCUGUGAGAAAGGUGUCAGAGCAUUGGAACAGUGAACUUGCUGUGGCAUUAGAAGUAGGUCCAUGGGACAUGAGGAGAGGCAUCAACACAGAGGUGAAGGUGGCCAAACCAGCAGAAGUUCCACUUCCUUUGCUUCAUCCUCCCAUUGGAGGUGUCGAGCCUGAGAUUGAGGAUGAGGAUGCCAAGGCGGUCAGAGAAUAUGCUCGAGAUCAUCCUCAAGAAGAUGUGGAUGAGGGUGAAGUUGAGGUGCAACCUUUAGACUUUGAGGAAGGCGGGGCUUCUGUGAUGGUUUCAGAUGAAGUUCAAAGUGAUCAGAAGAUGGAUGCUGAGCAAGAAGCGCGUGAGAAAAGAGCACCAGGUGAUUUGCGCUUACCUGUGCCAGUGCGACAACGUGUUUCUGAAGUAGAAGCCUCAAAACGUGGUCAGCAAAAUCCAGAAGAAGGGCAAGCGAAGUUUGUGAAGUUUGAUCCCAACACUGAAGUUCCAGAACCCAGUCCAAAGCAACCCAGGACUCUUUACAGCCCAGUGUAUGCAGGCAACAUGGCAGACAGCCCUGGGACUGCAUCAUCUUCAAGGCAUGUGAGAAGAGUGAUUGAAGAGUUGGAGAUGGUUGAUGAUGAUGAGAUGGACUAUGCUGUCCCAGAUGAGGCUUGGGACUGGGAGUUUUGCGAUUCAGUUGAUGGUGGUGUUGGUAUGAUGGCUUCAAUUUCAGCUGAAGAGAUGGCUAGACGUGGUUUUCACAAUGAAGGAGCAGGUCCCCCUGAGGUGACUCAAGAAGAAUUGGAUUGGCUAGAUCAAGAAGCUAUGAAGAUGGAGCUCAAGCGAUUGAAGGAGCUGCAGGUGAUCGACAACGUCAGUGACGAUGUGGUGGUUGAGGUGGAUGGCGAGUUUGAAUCACUUCGCAGACGACCACUACGACAUGAAGCCGAUCAUGGUUCAGCAAAUGGUGGAGAUUUUCUUCAUCCUGGAGCAGAUCAUGAUGAAGGUGAUGAAAAUGUAGAAGAAGAAAGUUUUGUAGAAGAGGAUGAAAGUCCAAGAACCAGGUAUGAUCGGUACCGCCAAUCAACCAUGGAAGAAGUUAGCGACCCUGAUGAGUGGACCAAUAUUCAUUACGGUUUUGCACCUGAUGAUUCUGAUGCAGAUGCAGCUGGUUCAGGAGAAUUGCCUAUUUCACGAUCCCGAUCCAGAGAGCGUCUAGAAGGACAAGUACCAGAGCCCAAAACGAUGCCAAAGCCUUUGGCCAAAAGUGUUGCGAGAAGAGUGGCAAUGGACAAGGCGAUGGAGAUGUUGGAAGAGAAAGAUUUCAGUGGUGGUGCAACAUCAACUACAUCAGCACCAUCUGCAGGUGCUUUGACAGAGAUCAACUACUUUCUGUCAAGUGUGACUACGAUGGCAGCAGUGGUGAUCAUCGUGGAAGAGUUGCUGAGCGUGCUGCAGCUGCUGCUGGUCUCCCAUCUUCGAGCGCUGUGUGAGUGUAAGCCUAUAGGCCACUUGCCUCAGCAGUAUGGAGGUGUGGAACUGGGAGACAGCUUCAACUUCGAGUCCUACUGUUAUUGUAUCAGAGCGUUGAGGGUGGCUGCUGGGAAUGUGGUGGUCACCAACAGCCCAUAUCGCACCAAGCUUAGCAAAAAGAUUUCCAGGGCAGAUUCCGUCUUGGGAGUUCCUCCUUUUCGUCUUUCGGAACAUCCAAGCCUCUACGGCCUCAGCCUUGGUCGCUCAAGCUGUUCCAUGGAACGGUUACAGAGCGAGUUAGCGAAUGCACAAGCUGAAGGUUGA